AUGACGGACCGCAUGGUGUACGAGACGUUCCGUCGAGACGAUCUCGCUGAGAGCGACCCGAUAUGGAACGACGCCAUGGAUCUGUACGGCGACUACUAUGAGUACCUCGAGUACGACGAGAGCCAGCGGCCAGCCUCGAACUGGCACUGGGCCAGGUUGCCCGAGGACGAAUUCAUGACCAUGUUCCUGCCGACGCGCGACAGCACCAUCACGCGCUGCAAGAUGGGCGGCGCCGUAGUCGGCCACGCCCUGUGCGUGCGCUGGCCGUGCCGGCUGCGCCACCCGUCGCGCAACCGCGGGCGCGACGCCGACGCGGUGGCCUGCUGGGUCACGCAGGUGGUGGUGCACCAGGACGCGCGCGAGAUGGGCGUCGCCACGGGCCUCAUGGACGCCGUGCUGGCUCUGACGGCGGCGGGCCGCGCGGCGCGCUGGUCGACCGACACGACGGACGGCCAGCGCGGCAGCCGCGCGGGUGGCGACUGCGCCUGCGGUGGCGGCGACGACGACCAGGAGCCCACGCUGGUCUACGGAACUCUCAGCCCGCACCCGGCCGUGCACCUGGCGCUGGCGAGGGCCUACGCGCGCCGCCACCGGCUCGACGAGGCCGUGCAGCCGCUGGACCACAUCCGGCUCGACUUUGUGCGCGCGCACGCCGCCGCCGUCCUGGCCGCGUCGCCGUGCCCGCAGCUGCGGCGCGCAUCCCCCGCCGGCAGCCUCUUCCAGCGCGGCCUGCUCGGCGUGCUGCUGUGGCCAAAGGUGGGCGGGCGCCGGUACAUGUGCCUCGACUGCGGGGCCGAGACGGACUUUACGUCGCCGCCGUCCGACGUUGGCAGCUACGUGAGGCGGGCGCGGGACCGCGGCUGGUCGCUGGGCCGCCUGGCGCCGGGCUGCGAGUUCAUGCUGGUGGUGCCGGCGGACCCGGCCGUGCACAAGCGGUUCGCGCACCCGCAGUCGGUGUUUUCGUGGCUGCUCGGCCUGCUCGGAGAGUAGUCGCCGAGAUCAGGGGUGGUUUGCUGUUGGUAACUGUUGGACGAGCAGUAUGCGCAGGGGUGUGCCAUCUCCCGGCAACGGCAUCAGAGACCAGAACGCGAGUCGGCAGAUGGCGCGUGGAAUCACAAUGGAGCGAGUCCCAUGACUCUCUGGGAAACUGGCAAAGUGUUACGGCGUUCAGGCUUAGCGUUCGGGCUUUAUCGGGCAAACUCUACCGACCUUGGCCUCAUUAGACUUGAUACUGAUCCCAACCCGGAGCUGGGAACCCUCGCGAGUCAAGACAGGCGACCCCGCGCGCCGCGAGUGCAACCCGGGUUUAAAGUUCAUCUUGCUGGCUGAUGGUAUGCUGGGGUGCCAGCGGUGGUGGUGUAGAGAAUCCGCGGCGACGCAGGGGAGCCAUGAUGGCGGCGGCCGCGAGACUGUGGCUGUCCUGCGCUCCCUAAAGCCACCCUGAU